AUGGAAUGGUGGAUAGAAGGCCUGCUUGGGGCUGAAGGGAACAUGGAGCUUCUCUGGGGCCAGUUGACCCAUGCCCUGGCUUGUAGACACUGUGGCAGCAACUGCCUCCAGAGCCCAGGGAAUCUGGUGACACUAUUCUUAUUCAUGAUUUGGCAGAUCCAGAGAUGGUGGCAGCUUGGGAGGUGGCGACAGUUUCAACUGUGGUACUCUGGAGACAUGAUGCAAGGCAAGAGCCUACCACUUCUGUACCGUGUGACUUUCCUUGAUCACCUGUGGAAGCAGAAGUCAGAGGAGGAAGAAGAGGAGGCAUCUCUGGAUCCACUGAAGCCAUGUUCUUUUCCCAAAGAAGCUCCCAUUGGAGGGCAAGCCACCACAGUCCCAUGUCAACAAUCCUGCAGUUCUCAGGGCCUCCACAAAGCCUCAGAGGCACCAAAGCAAGUACAUACACAGACCCCAAGCCCUUCCAGAUCCUUCCCCACAUUUCAGAUCCUGACCAACUUGCCUGUGAGGCACAAAACAGCAACAGGAAGUUAUCUACAUCAGAGAAAAAGCCAGCUCUUCUGGGGUCUCCCCUCUCUGCACAGUGAGUCGUUGGAGGCCAUCUUCCUGAGCUCAGGUGGCCCCUCUCCCCUAAAGUUGUCUAUUGGCCCUUCUGUUUUCUUCAACCAGCUUGCCUUCCUGACUAGGUCCAACCUGCUGCUUCCCCAGUACUGCUUCCCAACUCAGCCACCUACUCAUGAAAUCCAUACUAGAGAUCUGGAAGGGAUGGCCCUCGAUCCUCAGCAACUUCCUCCUCUAUCAUCCCCUUCUGUCCCAUCAUCACCACUCCAUCUUCAGUCCUUUCCCAUGGACCACAAGGGAGUCCUAUCUGGUGCUAAGGCAUAUCCACAGUGGCUUAUGCAGCAGAGUGAGGUCCCUUGGGUCUCUGAGGAUCAAGCCCUGCACCUACAGCCUAAACUCCAAAGAACCAGACCCUCCAAGCUUUCCCCACCAUCUGAGGUCUGGUGGAGUAUGCCACGGGAUCCCAGCCUCCAACAACACAUUCUAGAUUCACUCUCUGCCUCUCUGCUAUAUCCUUCUAGCCUUCUGGCAGUCCUGACAAGGUUUGAGGCCCCAUGGAGGACUAUGGGGCAAAAUGAGGCUCCCAAAGCCCCUGUGCCAGCAAUGCCAGCUCCCAGCCCAACUCCAGCCUCCCUGCCAGAACUUCAAGAAGUCGGCCCUACAGAAGAGCUGCCUGGAUCUAAGGCCCUCUGGGAAACUACAAGGCAAAGACAGUAUCCUCAGAUCUCCGAGCCUUCAAUCCUGGUCCCUUGCCAAUCUGUAGAUCCCAUGACAGAGCCUCAAGGAACUAGCCCCCUGGGAGUUCCACCUGGAUCUAAGACUCAGUGGAGAACCAUAGGACAUAGAGAGAGUCCUCAAGCCUUUGAGCCUCCAAUGCCAGCUCCCUGCCAACCCCCAGAUUCUCUGUCAGAAUUCCAGAAAGUCAUCCCUGAAGGACUUUCUGCACCUAGGGACUUCUGGGGAACCAUAAGUCAGAGAGAGAGUUCUCAGACCUCUAGGUCUCCAAUGCCAUGCCCCUGCCAUCCCCUAGAUCCUCUGCUAGAACUCCAGGGAGGCAGUUCUCUGGGUGAUCCAUCUGGAUAUAAGCUCCAGGGAAGACACAGACAAGAUUCAGGAAACGUUUGGGCCUUUAAGUCUCCAGCCUUGGACCUCAACCCAGAGCUCUAUGCAACUAGUCCUGCAUGUGUCCCACCAAGAUCUCACACUCCAUGGAAGGACAGGCAGAGCAGAGAACAUCUUUGGAUCUCUGCAGACCCAGUUUCUUCUACCAGUCUUCCCUCAUCCUCUCUGAGUCCCCAGGGAGUCUUGUCUGAGUACAAAGCCAUGUGGGAGACCAAGGGACAAAGAAAGAACCUCUGGACCUCUGAGUCCCCAGCCCCUGCCCAUAGCCCAUCUCUAGCUCCCAUUCUAGAACUCCACAGAAUCAAUCCUAGGGGAGGCCUCACUAGAUCAGAAACUGCAUGGAAAGACAUUGAGUAUUCUAGGAAUUCCUGGGCUUCUGAGCCCCCAUCUCUAGCCCUCAGCUCACCUCCAGCUCUUACAAUGGAGCCCCUCAGAGGUAGCCCCCUGGGGGUCCUGUUUGAUUCUGAGGCUACAUGUGGGGACAUAAAAAGGAGAAAGAACUCCUGGACCUCUGAGAUCCCGGCUCGCAGCUUACCUCAAGACCCACAUGGAGUCAGAUCCUUGGGAGCCCUGUCUGACUCUGAGCCUAUUGUGGAGGAUAAGGAGAAGAAAAAGAUCUGUUGUAUUCCUGUGUCCCCACUGUGGAUUCCCAGCCCACCUCCAAACUCUAUGUCAAAGUCUCCCAUAAGUGAGCCUACUGGAGACCAAUAUACCUGUAAGCCUAAAGGGGAAGCUGUGGAGCAGAGAGACAACUGCUGGGCCACUGAGCUCCCAGCCCCAACUACCAACUCAGUCUCUGCUCCUCUACCAGAUCUACAUACUGACCUUGAGUUUGUGUGGAAGAAUGUGCAACCAAGAGGUAUCCCCCAGGGGUCCAACCCUCCAGCAGUGGAUCCCCUAGAGCCAAUACCCUGGCCUUCCACCUUAGGUAAAACUCUGAAAACUGAGCCCAACCAGCUUGAUCUACCUAAGAAUGAGAUCUUCCCAGGGGCUAAAGUAGAAACUCCAUCCUUCCAGGGAGGGGCUGUCCCAGAGGUGCCCACCCACUCUGGGAUCCAGUCCUGGCACUGGAGUAGAGAGUUGGAACUCAGGCUGAAAAAACUACAGCAAAGCCCUGCUUUCAGAUCCCCUGACCCAAGUCAUUCAUCUGGCAACUCCACUGCCCUAAGCUCCACAACUUUAGGCACCUGGAGACUCUCUUCCUGUCCCCCACAGCAGAUUCAUCCCUCUAAUUUGUGCCCCCACUCUUCAAGCUGUUAUCCCCCAAAAGUUCAGAGCACAGUAACUCAACCUAUUCAGGUCUCCCAUUGUUACCACUCCCACUCCUCUUCCCAGCCUCAGCCACAAGAGUGUAGCAGGGCAGAACAAGGGUCUCAGAGAGAAGAAAGAAUGAAAGUGAAGAUGGUGGCCCAGAUCUCAUCCCAAGAGCCACGUAUUCUCAUGGAGGAUGGUGAGAACUGCCCAGGCCUGGGCGAGCCCUCAAACCCUAAGGUCCCAGCCUCAGGCAAAAGAAACAAGGCUUCAGCCCUAUCUUCAGCCAAGAAGAGAGAGAGUCCCAGGAAACCCAAAGCAGGAGACCACAGAGGAAGGGAUGUAAGACUGGAGUCAUCCACAGUUAUAGGGAAGAGCCACCCAGCCCAGGUUGGAAGAGUAAAGGAAGCCUCUUUAAGCAGACUUUCCCAAAGAUCUCAGCACAAGGACCAGAGCUCUCAACACACUGCUGCUCUCCCUCAGCAGCUUCACUCUAAGGCAGCAGGUCCCCAAAUUCAUCAAGGGGCAGGGCUGGGAGCUGGUGACAUCUUGACCCCUCAACACUCUAAGCACUGCCCCUGGGCCCAUAUGGAAAAGCAUCUCUCCUCCCCCACACCUCAGGUUCCCCUUACGAGGGGUCUCCCAAGAAUGUUAGCCAAGUUUCUAGGUACCCAUGGCCCCUGCCCACCAAAUCCAAUAAGCAAAGGAAAGGCUGGUAGCACUGGCACCCAAUACCACAAGACCUAAAGCCAAACCAGUUGUGGGGUAGGGAGACAGAGGAAAUCCUAAUAAACUAGGUGAACUAGAUAAA